UCUCAGCUGUUAAGCAUCAGUUCGUUAAUCGUCAAAGCAACGACAACCAACGUCGCAACCAUGUACAAAUUCGUCGCUCUCUUCGCUUUGUUCGCCUGUGCCUUGGCCGCACCGGCACCGGAACCAGCACCAGGCAUCCUGGCACCGGCGGCCGCGUACCACGCCGCGCCGGUCGUCGCUGCCGCACCGGUCGCGGUGGCCCACACCGUUCCCGUCGCCACCAGCUACGCCAACACCUACAAAGUCUCGGUGAAGAGCCCGGUGAUAGCCGCCGCUCCGUACAUCGCCGCUGCACCUCUUGCAACCGCCGCCGUCGUGAAAACCGCCGCUCCGCUGGUCGCCGCCGCCCCGGCCGCAACCGUCCUCGCACACGCACCGAUCGUCGCUGGAUACACAUACUGAACAAUGCCGAAUCAACCAACGGGUCCGCUUCUCCAGCCGCUCUAGUCGACCGUGCUACUCCGACAAAGUCGUUCCCACGAUCGGUUCGCAUCCUACCGUCUGCGCCACGAGAAUCGACGCUGUCGGUUAAUCAUCAAUAAACUUUGCUCAUUUUCAA